CAUGAUUUCUCAGUUCACCUGAUCUGAGCAUUCGAUCCCAGGAUCAGCACUUAUCAGAGGACGAUCCCCCCGCCUGAGCUGUGUGAAGAUGGCAAGACUCACCGUGUGUCUCUCCGCUUUGCUGGUACUGCUGGUGGCACUGGUCGAUCUGGGUGAAAACAGUCCCAUGAGGCUUUGCUGCACAGAGUACAAUGAACAUCCCAUCCCCAUCAAGAUGCUGAAGCACUACAGAAUUCAGAAGGACACGGAUAUCUGCAACAUCAAUGCAGUGAUUUUCAAGACAGUGAGGGACAGGCGUGUCUGCGGCAAUCCUGACAGCAAGUGGGUCCAGGAUGGCAUAAAGUUCAUAGAACAGAACAAAGCUAAAGGCCAACACUGAGCAGCGGCAACACUGAUGGAAGACACCUGACAAAAUCAACUUGAAGACAUUCAAGACAAAUAUAAUAUCUUGCCUUUAACCUUUGUAAAACCAUAUAAAACCUAUUUUUCUGAAUUAAUGUCAUAUAUUCUAAAAUAACAUGCUGAUUUCUUGU